CCAUGCACGAUGGAUCCAGCAAAAUGGUUGUUUGCAUGGUUUGAUGGUUGAUUAACAACAGACUCGCUCGUGUGAAGGAUCAGUAUUCAGGAUUUGGCAAGACAGGCUAGGCUAGGCCUACUUGACAAUAAAAUCUUGUUGAUAGCAGAGGUAGGAUGUCUUGGAAUUGAUGGCGAGAGAAAGUAGGAAGAAAGAAAGGAAUAUGAAAACAAAAACAAACUCAGAAAGGACGUACUAUGACGACGGUUUUCGAAAACGCUCUGCAUGCCUUUGCUUUCGCUCACCGUCUCGUGAGGAGGUUCUUCUAGUAUCAUCAUCAGGUUCCCCAGGAAACUGGGUUGUACCGGGUGGAGGUCAGGAACCUGAAGAAACUCCAGGGGAUGCUGCUAUUCGAGAACUGAAGGAAGAGGCUGGCGUUAUUGGUUGUGUAGGGAAACAUGUUGGAGACUUUGAGUAUGAAGAAGGGGGAAAGAAAAAGAGGACUUCAGUGUUCUGUUUGAUGUUUGAGAAGGAGCUAGAUGAGUGGUUAGAUCAAACAGAAUCUGGACGAAGACGGAAGUGGUUUAACAUAAAGGACGCCCUCAGUGAACUAAAGAAAUAUAAACCUCGUCAAUGUAUGUACCUCGAGAAAUCGCUAAAAUCCAGGUGACUGUGAGAAAGUGACUCACAAGUAAUCUAUCAUAGGGCCUAAAGGACAAAAUAGCUGAGUCAUAUAUUGACAGGUUUUAGGCACAAGUAUACCAAGUGCUUCCAAUUUUAGAAAGGGCACUUUGUCUCCUCAGAUACCACACUGUUUUAUGCAGUGCUGGACAUUUUUGCCAACUCACUAUAUAGGGAAGGCUAUUAGUAUACCUUGAUAUAUACAGGUGCAUAGAUUUGAAGUUCUUAAACAUGUGGCUUUUGUAUUUUCUUGACUUUGAAUUUUUAUUUGGUUUUUAGUCUAUUUUAUUAAUUCCUACCUGGAUGAUCCAACUUUUUGCCAAGCGUCUCUCAGAAUAACCCCUUGAAUAGUGAUGAAACUAUCAGCAUAUUUUCUUUUGUCUUUGCAGUGAAUGUUGUAGUGGGAAAAGGAUUUAGAGAAAGGCUAUUUAAAAGCUAUUUUUUGGAAAGAAGCUAAAUGUGCAUUGUUUGUAUAUUGGUCACAUGGCCAUAUCUCAUGAGUUCGUGUGCUUCACAUGUUUGUGUGCUGCACAGCUUAUCAAAUACAUUUUACAUGAUUUUGUGUGCUUUUACAUUAGUGUGUGCUGCACUGCCUGUGUGCUUGGCGCAUGACCAUAUCAAAUGUGUUUGUGUGCUUCACAUGAGUAUGUGUUGCACAUAUAGGAUUUUUAUUGCAAUAUUUUAGUACAGUGUAUGUGGAACAUGGGCACUCUCAUUCUUAAACAUGUGCAUUUUCACGACAUGUGUUUUGCACUGUUGUGUACACUUGUCGAAUAGCCAGAUAUGAUGCAAUGCUUGUGUAUUCUGUAUUAUUUUAUAUGGACAUGAGUUGGACAUGGACAUGUUUGUUUUGAUAUUGUAAACAUAUGGUAUUCCUGCACAUGUGAUAUAUGUACACAUGUUGUGUAGAUUUGGCCAUGUGAUUAAUACACAUGUUGUCUACUACCCAUAACAUUGGUACAGGAGCCAUACAUAUACUGCACUGCUGUACACAAUCCAUGCUGAUUUAAUAUCAACAUAAAUAAGGUAUGCAUUAGAGAUAAAUAAAUCGUUUCAGUUUCACUAAAAUAGUACAGUAUUUAAAUUCUAUAUAUUCUAUGAUAGUUGUUAAAAAACAAUAAAUAUGUAUUAUUUUGUGCUUUUAAGUAGCAAUACAGUUUGUAUGUAACUAUAUGUAUUGUAACUAAAUCCUACCUUUUGCUUUCUUUUCUUCUCGCAAGAUGUUUUGUUGAAAUUCCGUUGGGAAACCUUCAAGUCCAUGCUGUUGAACAAUCAUUUAGUUUAGGAAAUUAUAUUAUUUUGUGAUAGUAAAACUUUGAUUUGAGGAAGAGAUAAUUAGUGAAGAGAAAAAGAAAUGAAAAUUCAUCUCAUGGAAGAUACAUUCUCAGUUUAAGACUGAAAGGAAUAUACAUACCCUAGGAUAAAGAUACCCCACUCUUAAUGGAGGUACCCCAAACCAUAAAUAGAAAAGUAUAUUCAAGGAAGUCAGAAAAAAGGGUUGUGUUUUUUUUAGGAAUUUAGAUAGUUAAUAUUUUUUCAUCACUCUGGUUUUUUAUUAUAGUGGCCAAGAACCCUAUGUAGCACAGACCUGGGGCACUUACCCUACUGUUUUGUAAUAUCAAGUUUUGGAUGAAGCAUUCCAUGUUGUAUGGUUUGUAAACAAAAUAUGAUAGUAGUGUAGAGGAAUUUAACUUUUCAACUGGUGAAAUGAAAAUAUUAUCGAGUAACCGAUGUAUUUGUAAAACACCACCACCAAAUGAGUCUUGUUACACCAAAGACAAAAAUUGGAAAUUGCUAGUACGUACCCAGGGGAGGAUCCAGUAUUAACACUAAAAUUCUAAUAUUCAAUGCAUAUCAGUGUUAUAUGUCACUCACUUUUCUAUUCUGAAACUGUUGUAAAAAUCUUUUACUACAACUUAUUUCAAUAUUAUUCUGUAGUAUAAAUGGUUUUAAUGCCUAAAUUUAAUCUAUAAAUGGAGAUGUAUGACCUUUAGAAAGCAAGAACUCCACAAGGCAAAAUGGCAUACAUUUCCAGGUUACUAGAGUAUAUAAUUUGAAAGCAUUAAUAUCAUAUUUUAACAGAAAAAAUGACAAAGUCGAUGUCACAAUAAUACACCUACUCAUGCUAUAUGGAACCUUGGUGAAACUAAAAUUGAUUAAACUAGUAUUUUCAUCAAAAUUUAGGUGCCGACUUUUUGUGUUUUUUCCAACACAAUGUACAACAUACCUCAUUUCGUGGUGGAGUGCCAAAUCUAUCUACUGUAUAUAUUGUAGAUAAAAUUCAGAAAUGGGUAGACAUUUUAUAGAAAAGAUGAACAUGUCAAUGCUACCUUUAGACACACCAUCUCUAUUGGUAGUAGUUAUGUACUGCAGUGAAUGGUGCUUAUAUACUUUUGUAGUGUUGAAUAUCUGUUUAUACUGCAUACACAAUAAUGACAAAUUUUUUUUGGCUUGUCAUUUUUCUAACUUUUUCUAUCAAGAGGUUUGUAACCAAAAUCAAUUAAUUCACAAAUAAUAAUGAAAUAAUGAUGCAAAUGAGUGAAUAUUUUAUGAAUAUUAAACAUGAAGGUGGUUUGUUUAUCACUACGAAAUAAAUUAUAUUAUAGGCUGCAGAAGCUCUUGUACUGAUUUCCACAUGUGCAUUUGCUCAAAGGAGUUGGCAUCAAUGUUGGUGGGGAGAAUAGGGAGAGUUCCACCCCCUCGAGGAGAAAAAAUUAGUUUGGGAAAAAAAUAAAUAGAUUAAAUAGUUUUUUCAUAGGAUUUGUGUUUUUCUUCCGAGAGAUUCUGAGUGCAGUGAUGCCACAGCCAUAACCACGUACAUUCUUGUUGGAAACAUGGCCCCAAACCUUGUCCGUCACAUCGGACCCCCCACAGCAUUUGUUAUGUCAUAUCAGUUGUGGUUAAUCGUUACUAAAGUACACUAUUGGUGUUAAUUUAUACAGCAUUUGUAAGUCAUUUUAUUCUAGUGAAUUAAGAAAUGAGAGUUAAAUGAGAGUUAAAUGAGAGAAUGUACAGGGGAAAUAGUGAAUGACUGUACCUACUGUAUGAUGAUUGGUAGGGGUCCCCAAGUUAGAAGAACCCACUUCCGAGACGUUUUGCUCAAUAAUCUUUCUAACACAUUUAUAUUUCGCUACAUCAUGGAGACAAUUGAUAUUACAGUAGUGAAAACAUGCAAAUAUGAAUUCUUGCUUGUAUUACUAUGGGAGACUAGGGACCCCUAUAUAUGUGCUGUGUAUUGUGUGACAAAUUUGUCAUUAAUCAACGUUUGUAGAGUAAUUAUGUUAUUAUUAUGGAUGAAAUAAAGUAUUUCUAAAGGUUAUCCAGA